GGCUCCGCCGGCGGCUGCUCUCGCCUGGCGGCUGGCCCCGAGCAAGCGGCCCGCCCUGGGUGAGCCCCGCACUUCCGCGCGGGAGGCCGGCAGCGAUUGGGCGGGCCUGGCGGCAAGAUGGCGGCCAACGCCACCACCAACCCGUCGCAGCUCCUGCCGCUCGAACUUGUGGAUAAAUGUAUAGGCUCUCGCAUUCACAUCGUGAUGAAGAGUGAUAAAGAAAUCGUUGGAACGCUUCUAGGAUUUGAUGAUUUUGUCAAUAUGGUGUUAGAAGAUGUUACAGAAUUUGAGAUUACACCUGAGGGCAGAAGAAUCACAAAACUAGACCAGAUUUUGCUAAAUGGAAAUAACAUAACAAUGCUGGUUCCUGGAGGAGAAGGACCUGAAGUAUAAAUUUAAUACGGUUGUCAUCUAUGAAGACGUUAUGUAUAAUCUAAAUAGAGCUUUUUGGGGGCAUGAGGUGUUUUUUUUGUUUGUUUUUUUUUUUUGCAUCACUUGACAUUUGAUAAAAGACAAAUAUUUCCUCUUCAGGAAAGGUGUGUUGCUAAUGCUGACUUUGUAAGUUGAAAUCAUGACUUUCUUGUAAAGACGUACUAAUUUGUUCUGAAUAAAAGGCUUUUUUUUGUUAA